AUGAGUGAGAUAAAUAAUUGUAGUGCCCGAAGAAAGAAGAGGGGAGAGAAAGAGAAGAAACAAAAGGGAAAGAAGAUUAGGGUUUUUAAGGAAGGAGGAGGAGAUCAGAUCAGAAUCGACGCCGGAGAUUCGAGUCCUCAAUCUAAACCAACAAUAGUUCAAGGCAAGGUUCUCUCACGAAUCACACCUUCCUAUUUCAUCAAAACGUCCAAGAACUUCAGCGUUAUCUGGUUAAGUUCCGAAGUGAAGGCGGCCAAGAUUGGUGUUCAAAUCAAAGUUUUAAGAAAACAUGAUUUUCGGACCUGUCAAGGAAAUUCCAGAAUUGUUGGAAUCCAUUCCGUCAAGAAAACUCGAACUCGGGAGGGCAUGCGUCAACCAAGUGAGUCAUGUCAUGGAUCGAGGCGAGAAUGCAUGUUGAAUCUUAAUGCAACAUAGGAGUGUCCCAAGGUGUCUAGGAGUCUGUGCAUAAUUUUGUUUAGAUUUGUCAUGCAUUAUUUUGUGAACAGUUUCCAUACUUUUCAUG